AUGUUUGUUACAAAAUAGUGACAAGAAGGUUAACAAGCACACUUCAUACGAAACGGUGUCAAAAGCAAAAUGUCCACACCUAUUACAUGGGCACAAGAGGUGAUCACUUGUGACAUUUGUAACGAUGCUGCCUAUCAAUUUUGCAACAGUUGUCAAAUUAAACUGUGUGGAAACUGCAUCAAUAAACAUGUCAAUGCACAUAAACUACUUCCGCAUGACAUUGUCCCUUUUACAAACAGAAGUGUGAAGGAGGUAAACCUGCAAUGUGAAAUACACCCAGGCCAGAAAUGCGAAGCCUGCUGUCAACAAUGCGAUGUCAUGGUCUGUAUGAAAUGCGUCAUUACUUCUCACCAAAGCCACCGUAUAGGAGAAAUUCCUUCCGAUUACCAUGACAACAGGAAGAAGAUUGUGUUAGAAACAGAAGAACUCCAGAAACUAUAUGAUUUAGAGAAGCAUCAAAGUGAUGUUCGCGUUUCAAAUGUCAAAGAAAAGAUUUCUAAAACAACUCAAAAAUUUGAUGAGCUUGAGAUAGAAUUAGCGGAGCCCAGAAAACAAUGGCAUCAGGAGGUUGACGAAAUUUUUGACAAACACAGGGAGUUAAUUAAGUCCAUGAAGGACAAAGCGCUAAAAUCCCUGACUGAACAAAUACACGAACCUAAUAGCAUGACCCAGAGAAUGCUUGAAACAUUAAAAGAAAACAAAGCAAUAUUAAGGUCCAAAACAGUCUCUAAAGUUGUCAACUACAAAUCAAAACUUCAGGAAUACAAAGCUAUCGGUAUACCUGAAGACAUUAAUGUUACCAUUCCCUCCUUAAAAGUAAAUACAGACCGGGGUAAAGAACUUAUCGUAGAAUUUGGAGAACUCAAAGCUUCGUUAACACAGAAGUUACUUUUCGAUGAGACCAAUGAAAACACAGAUUUGUCUUCGACAGUACCAUUGAGCAGGGACAGAAUGGUUACUGAUAUUCAAAUUCCAUUUAGAGAUCUAAAUCCUGAUGCAGUUGCUUGUACGGGAUCUGAUGAAGCAUGGAUGUCGGGUAGAAGCAGAAAGAUAUUACGUUUUCACGUAAAUGGGUCUUUAAAGGAAUCUGUCACCGUCUCGUCGGAGCCAGCUGACAUCUCAGUGACUCAACAAGGUGAACUGAUAUACACUGACUACGUCAGUGAAACUGUGAAUAUUGUCAGAUCUGGUUUGACAAAAGAGCUGAUAAAAGCACCUAAAGGCUGGGCGCCAUUGGGACUAUGCUGUACCAAUUCGGGCGAUAUCCUUGUCAAUAUGGCUACAUAUGAUUUCAACAAUCACAAAAUAGUCCGAUAUGAGGGACAAAAAGUAAUACAGGAAAUAGAAAAAGAUUCUUAUGGCAUACCUCUUUACCGGGGAGGAAAUUUUAAACUUUAUAUAGCUGAAAACAGAAACGGGGACAUUUGUGCCUCCGAUGGAAAUGCAAAGAAAGUGGUCGUGGUUGACGAGAAAGGGAAAGUCAGAUUCCUGUACAAUGGUGACGUAGCCAGUAGAAAGAAAUAUUUCUGCCCAGAGCAAAUCGCCACUGAUUCCUGGAGUCAGAUCAUUGUUACAGAUCACAACAAUGAUUGUUUACAUAUUCUUGAUGAAAAUGGACAUUUUCUAAGAUGUUUAGAUAACUGUGGAUUAGACACACCGGGAGGACUGAGUGUGGACAAUAAGGGAAGGUGCUGGGUUGGAUCGUAUUCCGGAAAAUUGAAAGUGAUUUCAUUGAAGAUGUAAACCUGCAGAAAAGAUGGUUUGCUAAAGGAUUAAUGAGAUAAAAGCUUUCUACCAAAUAUUAAUUGUGGAAAAGUAUAUUUGAAUCUUAUUUUAUACUGUUCCAACUUAUAUUUUGUGAAAGAUUUUACAAUAAUGUGAUGAAGGUCAGUGAUGAAAUGUAUUUGACUAAUUUGUUGUACUCUGAUCAAUACUUUAAAAUAGUGAGACUGGUCCACUUGUAGAUAUAAUGAUGAUAUCACACAGAAAAACCAAAGUACCAAAAGUACAGAAUUGAUUUUAAUGUGGGGUUAAAUCAAAUAUGAACAACUUUCAUUUAAUCUGAAUGCAUUUUUAACUCUGUUCACAUAUUUUCAAAAUAACAUGGACACUUCAUAUUUGGAAUGAUAGUAGUGAAUAACAAGUGAAAGUUUGCCACUUUCCUUUAACUUUCUAAUGAAAAACAAAGGCAUAAUGUUAACUUUGGACUAGAAUAUUUGUACCAGUUUAGUUGAAAGUGUGUAAUUUGUCAUGGAAAAAAAGUGGAAUCUGCAAAAGAAAAGGUUAAAAAUCAUUAUUAAUAUAACUUACAAUAAGUGAUAAAGUAUAUAGUUUCAUACAGUAUUCAGGUAUUUGCAUUAAUGACUGACUUAAGGCAUGCAUAUGAUUGACAUUCUCAGGUUGGUAUAUAUAUCGUCUCUUAUAUGCAGCAGCAGAGUGAUUUAAUUUUUAAGUUAGAACC